GAGCGGAGCUGGAGCUGUGAAGGAAUCCCAAACUUUUCCCAAACCCAGAAACUCUGCUCAGACCUUCAACUCAGUCUCGCUUUUUGUUUUUUUUGUUGCUUUUUGCGAAAAUAACCACAACGCGUCCUUAUUGUAUCGCCCGUGGCUGAAGUUCAUACGAAUGACCGCUUGAAACAGAGACAAGUUGAAGAGGAAAAGUUGUGUUGUGAUGUUCUGGUCUCAUCCUUCCCUCCAAACUCCAGCUAAAGCGGCUAACCACAGCUAACUCCUGGGAUGGGUUACGUUUUCAUUUUUAUCUUCUAAUGAAAACAAUCCCGAGGUCGCUCCGUUUGUGCGUUUAUUCUACACGUUUGUGUCGGAGUGAGAGCUUUAUCCCCGUCAGCAGAGCCGGGCCAGGUCUGGGUUACAGCUAAUAACACUAGCCGACUCCAGCCAGGCGGCUAACUGCUGAUAACAAAGUUUAUAUCCAGUUUGGUGAAGAGGAGCAACACGACACACCUCUGCCAGUUCCUGCUCCACUCCAUCAUGACAAGACUACAGCACUUUGUGUGUGUUUUGAGCGAGUAGGAGCCCAGCCUGAGGAGUUUAGAGAUGAGGAGGAUGAUGAGGCCAGCAGCUGCAGCAGGAUGCUCAGCCUGCAGCUGCAGCAGGGACAUCUAACACAUCUGGAUCACUGGGAAACAUCUGCAGAUCUUUGAAGAACCUGCACUGCUUGCUUUGCUGCCAUCGUUUUUAAGCCUUUUGUUUGAUCACAAGUUUGUCAAACCCUGGUGUGGUGCACUCUCAGCUUGGGAGCAGCCCUGCACUGUGAUGUGACUGGUUCAUCUCUACUGCUUCAUCUCUACGUCCUACAUCUUGGAGGCAGUGGAGCCAUCAUGAAGGUGACUGUGACAUUUGGGCAGACCGGCGUGGUCGUCCCCUGCAAGGAGGGCUGGACUGUGAGAGACCUCAUCCACCAAGCCACACAGAGAUACAGAAAACUCCUUGAACAGGAAGGAGAUUUUCUGGUUCGAACUCACCAUGUGGAAUACUGUGAUGGUGGGAUUUUGGAUCCUGAUGACAUUCUCAGUGAUCUGGUGGAGGAUAGAGACAAGCUGAUGGCAGUGUAUGAGGAGCAGGAAGCCCAGCAGACGGGUUCGGUUAACACAAGCCUAACCCCAAGUCCUGAUCUCCACCAAGCUGAGCUCUCAGUUUUCCAGCCAAUCACAAGAGGAGAGAUUGAAGUCAAUUCCUCAGCCCUCAAAUCCAGCACACCCCUGCUGGUCAGAAGCAGCAGUGACUCGGCGCUCAGCCCCCAACCUGAGGCUGAACCGUCCUAUACUGAAGACUGCUCCCUGACGGCAGCCGGUCCUGCUGUGGAGACGCCUGCACCUGCGGACCGAGCCCAAGGCAAACACCCCUUCAAUGGCAGCCUCACCAGAAUGGUGGAGAUUGUAGGAGAAGACAGCCCGCUGGGAAUCCACGUGGUUCCUUACUGCUCAUCACUCAGUGGACGGUCUCUGGGUUUGUUUAUCCGUGGAGUGGACGAAGAGAGUCGUUCCAGAAAGGAAAGCUUGCUUCAAGAGGAUGAGUGCAUUGUCAAAAUCAACAGCACUGACCUCAUGGACAAGACAUUUAGCCAAGCUCAGGAUGUGUUUCGUCAGGCCAUGCAUUCCCCGGUCGUUGUUUUGGAGGUUUUGCCCCCCUUCAACAGAGAACGAUAUGAGAAGAGUCUGAUCGGCCAGCUGUUCGGCAGCAGUACUGGUCCCAGUACCGGUCCCAGCACCAGCCCCUACACCACCAGGACCAAAGAGCCUCCGCCUGUGAAAGCCAAACCAGUGUUUAAGCCCUCGGAGAAUCCAACCUCACGGCUUUCAGACGAAGCUGCCACUCUUGAAACUGUCAUUAAGGGGAAGAGUGAGAGCCCCCUCCUGAGGAAGAGCCCUGCCCUGUCCAGCUUAGUGACCAAUAAGAAAGGUGGACGGAGACUGAGAAUUGACUUAAAGAAAGGCCCAGAAGGUCUUGGGUUUACUGUUGUAACCAGAGACUCUUCAGUACACGGUCCAGGGCCUAUUCUGGUCAAAAAUAUUCUACCACGCGGAGCUGCUGUCAAAGAUGGACGCCUUCAGUCUGGAGACCGCAUAGUAGAGGUCAACGGUGUGGAUAUCACAGGGGUGGGCCAAGAGGAGUUGGUGUGUAUGCUCCGCAGCACACGGCAGGGAGAGAGCGUGUCGCUGCUGGUCCUACGGCAGGAUGACAUGUUCCUGCCCAGAGAGAUGAAGGACGAGGUCCCCCGUGUGCCCGGCCUGGUUACGGAGAGUGGGAAGGAGCAGCUCAUGUUCGAGAUCCCCCUCAACGACACCGGAUCAGCGGGACUUGGCAUCAGCCUGAAAGGGAACAAGUCCAGAGAGACUGGAGAAGAUCUGGGAAUCUUUAUCAAAUCCAUCAUACAUGGAGGAGCCGCAUACAAGGAUGGGCGUCUGCGUGUUAACGACCAGCUGGUUGCUGUAAAUGGAGAGUCGCUGCUGGGACGCUCAAAUCACGCUGCCAUGGAGACGCUUCGCCGAUCCAUGUCACAGGAGGGAAAUAUAAGAGGGACAAUCCAGCUCGUGGUGUUCAGGGCUUUGAAGGGUCAUCAUGAGGUGUCACCCAAUUGCUCGUUUGAUGGCUCACCUGGCGUGUUGGAGCUGACGAGUCCGGUGAAGGCUCAUCCAGGGCUGCUCAGUCCUGCUGCAGACUCCAGUCACUCUCCGUUGGUCGCCAACAGCCUCUAUACUUCCAGUGUGACCAAUGGGAAUUACUCUCACAUGGAUGAUGACGAGGACGGGCUGCUGUAUGGACAGGACGCUGACAUCAGCAUCUCCAACCAAUACUAUUUACAGGAGAGAGAGAACUCCUACACCUCCUGCCUGGCUCAGCCCCAGACUCCCAGCCAGAACCAGAACCAGCGGCAGUUCCAGCACAUUAAAGCCUCCAAGAGCAUGGACCUGGGUACGACUCAAAGCCAGCAUCCCACUGUGGCAGAUGAGAGCACCGUUGGAUCCCUGGGUGGAGGCACUGCUGCUCGAUCAACUCCUGUGGAACUCGGUCCUACCCUGGGGCUGAAGAAGUCCAGUUCCUUGGAGAGUCUCCAGACAGCUAUUUCAGAGGUUAACCGGAAAAACGAACUCCUACCAUUCCAUCGUCCCCGGCCUAAUAUGGUCAGGGGAAGAGGCUGCAACGAGAGCUUCCGAGCAGCGAUUGAUAAAUCCUAUGAUGGGCCAGCUGAGGACGAUGAUGGUUCAGAGCUGAGCUCAGGGCGGGACACCCCUGCAAGUAGUUCAUCCCGCCAGGGAGGGAUUGAUCAAACGGAUGAGAAAGGCAAGAAAGAAAAGAAAAAGAAAGCAAAAACUAAGAAGAAGGACAAGAGCAAGGGGAAAGGAAAAGAAAAGGAUAAAAAGAAAGCAGAGGAGCCCGAAGAAUCAGAAAAGAAGAGCAAAAAAAUUGGCUUUGGCCUGCUGAGAUUUGGAAAGAAAAAGGAAGAGAAGAAGGAGGCAAAGGCAGCUCUGCAACGACAGAAGUCAGAUAUUCUUUGUGACCACGAGCUUGAAAGGCUGAAAGAGGAAAGAGAGAGGAUUGAGGCAGGGCAUCCUGAGCUGCGAGAGCACCUGUCCAGAGACCACCAAGGUGGCGGUGGUGGGGGGUCAUAUCCAGACUUUGAGGAUGAUGACGCAGAUCCCAACUAUGCCCGAAUACAGUCCUUUAGGGACAGGGAGGUUGGCUCAGUGCCACCGCAACUGCCUCAGUCUCCUCGUUACGGCACAGUGCAGCACGCUCAUGCCCACGCACCUUUUCCCCAAAGCCCUCCUGGCUUUCAAGGACAUGGAGUUCAUGCCAGUGACCCAGGAGUCAUUGCUGAUGAUGAUCCUAUUGAUAGACUGUAUGCCAAAGUCAACAAACCAAAGAGUGCUGGGACAACAUCUCCUCCUGCUCCUCCUUCAGCUCCUGCUAAUGACAGUAUGGACAGGAUCCAGCAGCUGAGAAGAGAAUAUCAGCAAGCUAGGCGAGAAGGAAUGGUACCACCUUACGAGGAAAUGGAUCCAGUCAGAGGGCAUGAAAAUGACUCCCACAGGAUACCAGGCAGAGGGACAGAUCACCGUCUGACACCGCGGUAUGAGGAGGUGGAACGCCAGUAUGCCUCCUUACCAAGACGGGGUCCGUUGGACCCGGCUGAGUAUCCCAUGCAGCCGUGGACGGGUCAUUACCCCGGCCCCCCCCAGGCGUACCAGCAGUCCCCGUCCUACUCCAGCGCCGGCUCCCAGUCAGGCCCGGCUUACCCCGGCUACCCGUCUGGCCAGCCGUACCCACGACCCGGGGACCCUCGAGGGGUGGAACAUAGAUACUACCCCCUCCCCAGUUCCCAGCAGAGAGGGCCCUUGCGCCAGGACGUGCCCCCCUCUCCUACCCCUCCCCUCCGUGCGCCGCGGUACGACACUAUGGCGCGUGGAACUGUGGGUGGAGGCUACAGGUAGGGCUCCCAGAUGGACCAAGAUUGUUUCAGGUGGACCAAGCCCAUCACAGACCAGACCAGCACGGCCACACUGGGGCGGCAGCAGCAACACUAACCUCCACGGAAGAAUGCCAUGACUUCAGAUGUGUAGACAAACCAGGUCCAAAGAUGAAAACAAGCAUCUUUUCUGCUUUCAUUAUCCCAGUGAGAAACACUUGUGUGAUUUCAACACCACCUCCCCCCCGUUAUCAAACACUGUCUGUUCUAUUUGAAGUACGUGGUAAUACACUCGCGCGGAGAGAGAAGGAAGUCCAUUAGAGUGGCCAGCAUGAUACAUGUCUUGUUGUUUGAAGUCAUUUGAUUUGCUUUGAUUUUCCGGGUUUCAGAAUUAUGAGUUGUUACUUUUCACUCUCCUCUAAUUAAGUCGUCUCCUUCAGCAGUCGGAGCUACAAAAGUAAUUGCAUCCAUUUAAAUUAAGCUUCCACAGGCUCGCGUGCAGCCCCGCACGCCUCUCCUCUCCUAAUGUAUUAUCCCUGCCGCUUUCACUAAAGCUACUCCAGCAGGUCGACAACUAUAAUGUGUAUUUUGUGAAGUCACCUUUGUGGCCUUUAUCAUAAAUGAAUAACAUAUAUACUGUAUGUCAUUGGAAUAGUAAAACGAAAACCACAAUCAUGUGAUGUGGUCACAGUUUAGUUUAAAAACAAUUAACAGCAAUCUCUUUUGCAGUUCUCAGAUCCUACCGUUGAAAUGGUCAUUGGUUUUAAAGGGUGUGAAUCCCAAAGCAGCAAAUUAGUUGCAAUUUUUGUUCUUUGUUCAAAUAGAAACAAAUACAAAAAAUAAAAAAAGCAUUUUAAGUGGUACAAUGUACCUGUCCAUGUCAGAUUAGCAGCAGAAAAACUCCACACGGCCUGAGGAGUUUGGGAGAUGUUACACUAGUGAGCUUUUUGAAGCUUUUUUACCAGACGGGGAGAACGCCACUGCGCCAGUCUCCACAAACACAAUUCAACCCUUCUGCAGAUGAAUUAUGGACAUUUUUACACAACAAAGUGUGAAAGAAUGAUGAAUGAUCCGUCUGUGUAAAUGAUCUGCUUUUAAUAACGCUGCAGUUGCACAGAUAAGUUUCAUUGCAUUUUGGCAGCCUUUUUAGAUAAAAUCAGUUUGGUUUCACGGCAAGUGUGAGUGAUUCUAGUUUGGUGUUAAAACUACACAACAAUAGCAACAUUUAAAAAAAUUUAAAAUAAUCUAGAAAGGUGCUGAAUCUCCAAGUCGACACGUUCUACUGAUCCUGGGCUUCCUUUUGUCUUGGAUCCUCUACUUGAAUGUAUGAUGAACUUUGAUCAUCUGUACGUAAUUCAUGUUGUCAACCUGUGUUUGUUAAAUCAUCUCGGUAUGAUCAGACUUGUAACUAAUUUUUGUCUUUAUUUUAAUAUCGGUGUAAAUUGCCCUGUAGUUGGAGACUCCCACUGUAAACGCAGGACGCCGCAGCUAUGAAUAAUCACCGGUGUUCAUAUCAACCUGCUGGUUCUGACACACAAGCUGUAAGAUGUUGCUUUGUUUUGCUCUAGUUUGGAUGUUAAAACAUGUAACAUGAUGGAGUCCUGCCUAAGCAGGGUGUCGUACCACAGUUUAGACACUUACUAACCCGUUAGGCUGGUCCUGAUUAACAUUUCUGUUUCCCUCCACGAAGCGCUCCAGUAUUCAUUUCAUUGCAUGUUUGACCUGACGUUUAAGGAUGAACUGAGGGCGAAAAACCACAAAACUGAAUGUUGAAACUGAUUUUGAUUGUAAACCAUGAAAACAAAUGUUACAUGUUUGUUUUUCUUUUUUUAAGAAGAGUCUUAUGUUGACAGAAAAUAAGGAAAUUAAGAUGAUGCCGUAA